CCCUUCUGUUUCGUUCUAUGGUGAUUUGGGAAAGCACUAGUCAUUUAAGCAAGAGUCAUUUAGGGGACGAAAAUUAACAGGUGCAGAAGAAGCCUCUCUCAGCAAAUCAACUGUUUUCACUGCAAAAGCCUUUCUUAGCAAACCAACUGCUUUCACUGCAAGAUUAAAAAGUGCUGUUCUAGUAUCAUUCCACUUUCCCUGCCUUCUCUUCAUUGCCUCUUAUUUUCGAAGAUAGGCAUAAUUUCAUUUAGGAUAGAAUCUACUGCAUUUUUUGCCUUCUCAGUUAGAAGCACAAGUUUCAGGCCAGCAGAUUCGAGAAAUGGAGACAAUGUGUGAAGAAGGAAGUAAAUUGCCAGGCUGUUUGGUCAUUGAUGAUCCAUCAGCUUGGGUAGUUGAAUUGACAACAUCAGAGUUACAAGGCAGUGAGGGUGUUAUAGCAAAUAUUUUGGCGUGCUUGAAGGGAGGAGAGGUGACAAAGCUUGGAGUUUGGGGGAUGGGGGGAGUCGGGAAAACAACCAUCAUGAUGCAUGUCCACAAUGAACUAUUGAAGGAAGGUAAAUUCAAGAAAGUAAUUUGGGUAACCGUUUCACAAAACUUUGAUAUCUACAACCUGCAAGAACAAAUUGCUUGCAGCUUGUGCAGCUUGGAGGAGAAACAACGGCUAAAGGAUCAAAAUACAACUGUUCGUGCAGGAGUGUUAUUAAAGAUGCUAAAAGUAGACAAACACAAGCCUUACUUGCUGAUUUUCGACGAUGUGUGGAAGAGUUUUGACCUUAAUGAAGUUGGAAUUCCUGGGCCAGAUGUAGCUACUGAUGGUGGCAAGUUAGUAUUGACUACACGGUCACAAGAGGUUGCUCGUUCAAUGGGUUGUAGAAGAAUCAAAGUGGAGACUCUUUCACAAGAGGAAGCUUUAAAAUUGUUUUUAAAUAAAAUUGGAGAUACUGGUUUACUAGAUCAUGGGGGAGGCAUUAAAAAUGAUUUAGAAUCAACUUUGAAGGGGAUUGUGGAUGAAUGUGAUGGUCUUCCAUUGGCAAUUGUUACAGUUGCUGGCAGCUUAAAAGAAAUAUCUGAGCCACAGUUAUGGGGUGCUGCACUGAAUCAAUUGAGAGAUUGCAAAAGAAACGUGGCAGGUGCAGAUGAUGAUAAUGCAUUCAAGAUAUUAAAAUUCAGUUAUGAUCGUUUGACGAACCCAAAGAUCCAAUAUUGUUUCUUAUACUGUGCACUGUAUCCUGAGGAUGAUAAGAUUCUGAAGGAGGAAAUAAUUGAAAACUGGAUUGAUGAGGGGUUUAUAGAGGAUAUGGAAACUCGGCAUGCAAUGAAGGAUGAGGGUUAUAGUAUUUUGAGGAAGCUUGUAGACAACAGUUUGUUGGAAUAUAGAGGAGAUUGUGUGAGGAUGCAUGAUCUUAUUAGAGAUAUGGCCUUGCACAUUACAAAAACGAGUCCUCGGUUCUUGGUAGAAGCUGGCAAGGGAUUGAAAGAGCUACCAGAGAAGGUAAAUUGUGCAGAAGGUGUUCAAAAGGUUUCAUUAAUGUGUAACUAUAUUGAAGAAAUUCCAUCGAGCAUGGCAUCUUCAACAUGCAAAGGACUCACAACCUUGUUGUUGGCCCAUAAUGGUUUGUCAACAAUUUCAGAAUCUAUCUUUGAGCAUAUGCCAGAGCUAAAAAUUCUUGAUCUGUCCUUCAAUGAAAAGCUAAGCAGCCUACCAAAUUCUGUCUCUAGCUUGGUGAAGCUUACUACAUUGUUGUUGGAAUCAACAGGCCUAAAAAGUGUACCAUCUUUAUCAGGCCUUGGAUCCUUGAAAAAGUUAAACCUUAGGGAGACAAAUAUCAAAGAAGUCCCUGAAGGCCUGGGAAUGUUGAAGAAUUUGAAAUGCCUUUUUCUUAGUGGACCUAACAUAGUUGAAAUAGCAGAUGGAGUAUUAUCAAAUCUCUCCAAACUUCAGGAGUUAAUUGUAAAUCGGAGCAGCAUAAUAUUGAAGGGAGACGACGUUGGGAGAUUGAACAAGUUGGAAGUUUUUUAUGGCCGAUUUCCCACCGUGGAUGACGUGAGAAUCUUUCUUAAAUCUCAGCCUAAUAAGCUGAAUAGCUAUGUUAUUAUUGUUGGAAGCAAUUUGGAUUCCUUUGAGGAGGAAGAGAUUUAUGAAAGUCCAGAAGGGUUAUCAAGAUAUGAGAAAAUAAUGCUGUUCCGGGAGACUAGUAUUGUUGGAGAGAAUACAUUAUGUCCCUCCGUCCAAUUCUUAUUUAUUUGUUAUUGCCACAACAUAAGAAGCUUAAAUGAUUUUUCUGAUAUUAAAGAUGUAACAGAUUUGAGGAGAUGUGUGAUUUGGGGUUGUGAAGGCAUGGAGUGGAUUCUUUCCUCGUGGAUAAAUAGCAGUCUCGUCCAAACCCUUGAGUAUCUAGAACUUUGGGAAGUUGUUUCCAUCUUGGAAGUUGGUGGAAUGUCUCAAAAAGCUUGAAGAUCUUUAUGUCGACGACUGUGAAGAAAUGGAAGAAAUAAUAGCAUCAGAUCCAGAAGAAGAAGGAGAAGAAGGAGGGGACAUCAUCAAGAAGCUCAUUCUUCCAAAAUUAAAAAAGCUGACAUUGUGGCACUUGCCUGCAUUGAAGCGCAUCUGUAGCAGGAGGGCAGUAAUGGUAUGUCAUUCUCUUGAAGAGAUUGGAAUUCGUGGUUGCAAGGGCCUAAGGAGGAUGCUUCUUUCUCUUCCCCUGGUUGAAUACGCCCAAAGUCUAGAAAGGAUUAAGGUCUCUUUUUGUGAAGAAAUAGAAGAAAUAAUAGCAUCAGAUCCAGAAGAAGAAGAAGAAGGAGGGGACAUCAUCAAGAAGCUUAUUCUUCCAAAAUUAAAAGAACUAGAAUUACAUUUCUUGCCUGCAUUGAAGAGCAUCUGUAGCAGGAGGGCAGUAAUGGUAUG